GUUAUCAAGCGCGAUAACCCUUAAUUAAAAAAAAACGAGGAGAUUAAAGUUAUCAAAUACACAGUUAUCGAUAUAUCCGACUGUCACAUGAUUAGGUGUACUGACUUUAUAUGGAGAUAAACCGAACAUUUAAGUCUCCCCUCACGCCACCGGAAUCAUGAAGUUGCUGCUUCUACUGGUUGCCUUAGCGCAGUUGGCCUUUGCCCUUGACAACGGGCUGGCCUUGACCCCGCCGAUGGGUUGGUUGUCGUGGCAACGCUACAGGUGCAACAUCGAUUGCUUUAACGAUCCAGACAACUGCAUUAGUGAGAAGCUUUACAUGCGCAUGGCGCAGCUGCUCGUGUCGGAGGGCUACUCGAAGCUGGGCUACACGUACGUGAACAUCGAUGACUGCUGGAUGGAGAUGGAGAGGGACCCCAACGGGACGCUCGUCGCCGAUCGGAAGCGCUUCCCGCACGGCAUCAAGUGGCUCGCCGACUAUGUUCAUAGUCUUGGACUUAAGCUCGGCAUCUACGAGGAUUUCGGCACGUUCACAUGCGGUGGUUACCCGGGCAGCAUGUUCUACCUGCAGAAGGACGCGGAGACGUUCGCCUCCUGGGGCAUUGACAUGGUCAAGCUGGACGGCUGCUACGCGGAUAUCUCCGACAUGGAUUUCGGCUAUCCCGCCAUGUCUUUCUUCCUGAACCAGACUGGCAGACCUAUGCUGUAUUCCUGCAGCUGGCCAGCCUAUGUGGUCUUUAAUGGACAAGUGCCGGACUACAAAAAGAUCGCGAGUUACUGCAACAUCUGGCGUAAUUACGCCGACAUCCAGGACUCGUGGGACAGUGUCAAGGACAUUAUUCAAUUCUAUGGCAACGACACUGGCAGCUUCAGUCUCGUAGCCGGUCCCGGAAACUUUAACGAUCCAGAUAUGAUAAUCGUGGGUGACUACGGUCUUAGUUACGACCAGCAGCAGGUACAGAUGGCAAUGUGGGCCAUCAUGGCGGCGCCAUUGCUUAUGUCUAUUGACCUGGGCAACGUGAAGCCGGAAACCAAGCGGCUGCUGCAGAACGACGGAGUAAUACGGGUCAAUCAAGAGUUUCACGGGAUUCAGGGACGCAGGAUCAUUAAGGACAACACGUUUGAAGUAUGGUUCAAGCCUAUGAGCGUAGAUGCCAAAGGUGGAGCGUUCGCGUUUCUGAAUCUGAACGAUGCCGGUGGUCCAAUUCAGGUCCAGAUGCCUCUGUCUAAGCUCGGUCUUAUGGAAGGAGAGGGCUACAACGUGACAGAGGGUUUCACGGGUAAGUUCAUAGGCACCCUCAAACCGCACGACCUCAUCAACGCCUCCAUCAACCCGACCGGCGUCUGGUUCGGAAUCGCAUACUUCGACUGCUGAAAGGGGGCGCCUUGUAUGAUUAAUAGGGCCUCAACGGUUUUAGUGCAAUGAUCGUGUAAAAACAUGUACAAAAUAUUCGAAAAUGCUGCAGCCUGUGAUUUUGAAGCAAUACUAUAGAGUACGUAUGCAAAAAAGAGGAUCGUAAACAUGAAGCUUGAAAUAACUUGUAUUUAAAAAAGAGCUUUCUCUUUUAAAAAAUAUGCUUUUUAUCCCAUCAUUUGAAUACACAUUCUUAGUGUGCGGCGUAUGAUAUUAUCCCGCAUUGACUUUGUAGUUUGUUUUUGUUUUACAUAUGAUAAAAUUAUAGUGUAAACUGAUGGCAUCAUAUUUACUGGUUUCCUUAUUAGAAAAGUAAUCCUCAUCAUUAAGCUAACUAAAUGAUUGGAUUAUUAUAGAUUCACAAUUCAAGAUUAAAUAUUUAUUUACAACA